AUGGAAUACAUCAAUGGAAAGACUUUAUAUGCAGAAUUGUAGAGCAGACAUUAUGGACUCUCGGUUAAUGAAACGAUUAAGAUAAUGAAGGAAUUGUUGGAGGCAAUCAUAUACAUACACAACAAGGGUAUAAUGCACAGAGAUAUUAACCCUUUGAAUAUUAUGAAGGCGGAAACCGUAAAGUUGAUUGAUUUUGGAUUGGCCAGAAAGAUAAGAAAUUAGUUAAUAUUUCCAACUUCAGGAACUCCAGGAUAUAUGGCUCCGGAGAUCAUUAAUUUCAAUAAAGAGAAAGCCUAUGAUGAGAAGGCAGAUAUCUUUAGUCUUGGUUGUGUUCUGUAUAAAUUGUUGACCGGGGAGAAUCUAUUUACUACUAAACAGGGUAAAUAAACGGUAUAUUAAUCCAAUAAAGAAGGGGGUUUCGAGUUGAAAAAGUAAUUGCAACAUCCUGAAUGCAAUUCUAAUAAAAUGGACUAAUUAUUUAUUCUACUUCCUCACAUGUUGGAAUAAAAUCCAUAGUUGAGAUUAAACGCGAAAGUUUGUUUGACUGUUCUGGAAGAGAUUGAAAACAACAAUCUCUAAGUGGAGAGACUGAUAAAAAAGAUCUUGAUUAGAAAAUAAUUAGCCUUUAAUACAUCGGAAGAACAACAGCAAGAUAAGAGGAGUGAAGAGAAAUUGUAAAAAUGCAAGUUUAGACAAUCAAUCGAUGUCUAAUCUAAAAAGAGUUUGGAUGAAAUCUCUGUGUAUUCCAAGAAUGUCAUGUUAUAAAAUUAAAAAAGGGUUAUACUUGCUCAGAAGAAAUAGCCUUGA